GAAACGUAAAAAUAGCAAACGAAAGAAAGUCGAAAUAAAGCAGGCGAGGAAAUUAAUUUUUUUGGAUAAGACAAUUUUUGAAACGUUGGAACAGUAAAUUUUCCCACGACACACUUUCAAACAAUUGGUAGCAGCGAGAUGAAUAAAUUGAAGUCCACACAAAAAGAUAAAGUGAAACGAUUCAUAUCGCUAACACAGACGGGCGAGCAAACGGCUAUAUACUGCCUCCAACAAAAUGAUUGGAAGUUGGAGUUAGCUAGUGAUAAUUAUUUUCAAAAUCCAGAAUAUUAUUAUCGCGAAUUAGAUCGCAAACGUAUUGAACAGCUCUUCCUGCGCUAUCGCGAUCCAUGUGAACCCCAGAAGAUUAACGCAGAUGGAGUUAUACGUUUCUUAGAUGAUCUGGCGCUGAGUCCUGAAUCAAAAUUGGUACUAAUAAUUGCCUGGAAAUUUCGCGCUGAAGUGCAAUGUGAAUUCAAACAUGAUGAAUUUGUGAAUGGUAUGGCAGAUCUCGGUGUGGACAGUGUAGAUAAGCUCAAAGCGAAAUUGCCACAACUGGAAAUGGAGUUAAAUGAUAUAGCUAAAUUUAAGGACUUCUAUCAGUUUACUUUCAACUAUGCAAAGGAUCCUGGACAGAAGGGCAUCGAUUUAAAUAUGGCCAUUGUCUACUGGAAGAUUGUGCUGAGUAGCCGAUUUAAAUUCUUGGAUCUGUGGUGUAGGUUUUUAGAGGAGAAGCAUAAACGUUCCAUACCUAAAGACACCUGGAAUUUACUGCUGGAUUUCGCUACACACAUUGAUGACAAUAUGAGUAACUAUGAUUCAGAAGGAGCAUGGCCGGUGCUUAUCGAUGAUUUUGUUGAGUGGUGUCAUGAAAAUCAUUUAAUGGCAACGCAGCCACAUCAACCACAACAACAACAGCAGCAACAACAACAUCAUCAGCUACUUCAACAACAGCUUGCUAACCAGUAUCAGCCUCAAAUACAGUCUAUGCAGGUACAGCAACAACAACAGCAGCGAAAUUUAUCAAGCAGUUAUCAGCCGACCUCGCAUAGUGCAAACAUUAAUUAUGGCUAACGUUUAUUUAAUAUCUUAAUUAUUUUAAUAAUAAAUUUGCUUUUAUUCUUAUUAUUAUAAAUAAUUAUAGUAUAAACAUUGAA